AUGGCAAAACUAAUUAUAUCAUUGGAUGGAGGAGGAAUGCGAGGUUUAUUGGCUGUUUCAAUUCUCUCUCAUUUAGAAAAGCAACUUGGUUUUGAUUUAACCUCUGGUGCUGAUCUAGUUGGUGGUGCCAGUACUGGUGGUAUCGUUGCUUUUUGUAAAGCAUUGGGGAUUCCAACUAUUGGAUUAGAGAAUCUUUAUUCGGGAUUGGGUAGUUUGAUAUUUGGAGGAUUCUCAAGUACUAGAGCUGCAAGUGUAACCGUAAAGGAAAAUACUGAUAAAUUGGAACAACAAAUGUUGGCAAUGUUUGGUUCGUUUUCACGUCUAUCUAAAUUCAAACCAACCAAUAGUAAACUAUUUGUCAUUACUAGUUCGAGACAAGUCACCAGUACCGGGGAGAGUGUCGAUCUAGACAGUGUCCACCAUCCAUAUACUCUAGAGAUACUUGCCAACUACUCAUCAACCAAACGACCAGAUACUACCUUGUCAGUGGUUGAAACAAUCCGUGCUACCGGUGCCCUUCCAUUCUACCUCAAUCCAUUCAUUAGAGAUGGAAAAGAGUAUGUCGAUGGCGGUGUACUACUAAACAACACUGCUUCCAUUGCAUUGGAAGAAGCCAAACAAUUAUUUGGUGAUACAGAAAAAUUAAUUAUUAUUUCAAUUGGUACAGGCUACUAUAAUAAUAACAAUAACACUAACAAUAAUAACAGUAAACUAAUUGAAAAAAUAACUAAUAAUCUUUUAACAAAUAAUAAUAAUAACAAAAAUAAUAAUAUUAUUAUUAAUCUUACCAAAACAUUUCAAGAUUCAUUAUUUAAAUCACACCAACAACAUUUAGAAAAUGUAGAGUUGUUUAAACAACAAAAUAACGUGUCCUACUUUAGAUUCGAUGUAGAACUUGACAGAGUGAUUGAUAUUGAUGACCAUGACACUACAGAUAUACAUAAUCUCAAACAUUUAGCUAGUUUAUAUCUUGAUAACCCCAACACCAAAGAAUCGGUCGCUCAACUCUUACAAGUCCUACAAGAAACAAAUAUUAUUGGACGCUCAAGUGCAUAA